UUGCUUCCAUAUUUUGGAAGGGAUUUUGAUUGUAUUAUUAGGCUGUAGCUGGUCUGAUCACAUUCCGGAGCAGAAGGUGGCGGUAAUGCACCAAUAAACUGAAUCGGACCGCCGUAAAACCUCUGUAAUCCACGAAUAAGAAGUUGACUUCAGACAAGCUAAAAAUGGAUUAUAUCAAACAUUUUGAAAUCAAUGCUCAAAUUUACAAAAACACGUUGGAGCAAAUUAUUGAAAAGUAUUCAAAACUGCAAGACUGUGACAAUGACGUGGAGAUAGACCUGAGGUCGUCGCCAAGAGGUUUGCAAAUAAAACGAGAGAGAGCUUCAUACAUCGAUCAAUCAGAAUGGGAACUGUCAACGGGUUCUGCAGCGUCAGGACUGUCACAAGGAGCGCACAACCCCUUUGACGCUGGUCAGAUAGAUUUCUCAACCAAGGAUCAGGAUGACAACACCGUGUACACUAAUGACUCAUCAGUCCAAGAUGACGACAAAGAGCGCAUUAAGGGUGUGUCUGUGCUGGAUGAUACUGAGUGGACCCAGAAUCCCUUGAACGAGACCCAGGGCAGCCUGCUGUGGGACCAGGGUCAGCCAGAAGACCAGGACAAGGAGCUGGAGGAGAGCCUGAGCAGCCAAAACAGCACUCUCCUGCAGCUGUAUCCCAGCAUGCUCAGCAAAAUCGGCAAGGCCUGGCGCCGCCAGCAGGUGGCGGACGCGGCGGGCUCAGUCCUGAACAAGUACCGCCAAAUGAGGUGGUCCUCCGGCAGAAGAAAGCUGAACGACGCCGACACCACCUUGGGACCCGUUCGCAGGAACGCGAGGCCUGCCCUCAACGAAACAAUCACUUUCCCUCAGACUUUUCCUCCUCAGAAAAGGCCUCUGAACCCCAGCCAGCCCGUGUCUUCGUACCUCAAGGGGACUGAUGCGAGCGUCCACGCUCCCCAGCGCCUUUGGGAUAGCCGCGCCGAGGGGAAGUCCCCGAGCAGAGGGAGGGAGUCGAAGAGAAGACUCCCUAUCCUGGUGAUGGACUUCUCUGAGCCUUCAUCUUCACGUGAGUUCUCUGAACUAAACAAGACGUUCUCCAUAUCCGACUCCCCUCCCUCCUCCUCCUCACCCCCUAGACAGGAGCGUACUGUCUUGCUUAGCCCCAGGUCUGCUUAUCCCGAGGCAGGAAGUUCCGGGACACAAUCGGCGAGGCCCGUUACCAACCGGGAGGCCCCGCCCAGUCUCCCUUCUCAUAAGAGAUUAACCGCUGUACGCCCCGUGGUCGUCACGGCACCCUUCCCCCCAGAGUGCUCCAGGGCCCACGGCUCCCCCGCCAGAGACAGUCCCUUCACACGGCACCGUCACGCGUCUCCCUACGGCCACGCCCCAAGCCCCCUGUCGGCCCCUGCGUCACCACACCGCUCUCUCCAGAGGCCUGUCUCGUCGCUCGGGUGUCUUUACCCCGGGGACCCCAGCAGGCUCACCCAAUCCAAGCUCCCCACUUCCCAGUCGCCUUGGCCCGGGCCUGGCCAACAACAGCUCCAGCCUCGCCUCUCCAUGGACUGUUCGGCCCCCUCCCUCGGCCAGAGGCUCUCCCCGAAGCAGCUCGACGAGGAGUUUAGGAAAGUCUACCGCAGGUUCAUUUGCCGGGCGGAAUCCCCUCUCCACAACCCUCACUGCCGCUUCUGUGAGAGGAAGGUGGAGAGCGAGGGGCGGUCCUCCUCCAUACUGGCCGCCCUGGCCCUCUCUCCCUACCACCUGAAGAAGCGCCACAGGGAGCUGGACCAGGAGCGGUCUCCCCAGGCCAAACGUCCCAGGGACGGCUGCUUUGUGAACUCCCCCGGGUCUCUGCGCCAGAGGAAGGCCAUGUUGAGGAUCCAGCAUCGCACCAGUCGUUUUCUGUCGUCCACUCUCGCCGAGGCCUCCUUGGACUCGGUCGCCUGGAGCCACAAGGAGCCUGCCCUGGGCCAGGCACGCACCGCACCGCACCCCUCGACUGAGAGACAAGGCAAGAGAGCUGGGGAGGCCAGGUUCAGCCUGCAGCUUCCUGCUUUGAAAGAAGAGUACAACAGAUUUGUCAGACAAUAUCAAGGACAGUCACCAGAACCAUCCGAAUGGACUGGCUGCCCCUCAAGGCUUUCGUCCAGUUUGUCAAGAAGAAGACUGCUCUAUAAAUAAUCGUCUCAAUGCUUUCGAUGUUCUCCUAGUCUUACUUACUAUGUUUGAAGUUCAUAUUUUACUUCCUUUAUAUUCUGUAAAUGAAUUUAGUCAAUAUGGGAAGGGUUUGGUUAAAGUGGGACUUUUAAAAGUAAUCUUUUUUAAUAUAUCAAUAAAAAAAACUCCAAUAUUCAGUUCUCAUGUGACAUGGGCAUAUUAAUAAAACAUGUAAUGUUAAGUAAAGUCCUCGAUUA